GAAAUCAAGUUAUUCGCCCCUUCCACAGCAAGCAACGGUGCGCAGAAUCUGAGUCUGGGACCCCCAGCCCGGGGCUCGAGGAACGCGUGCUCCACCCUCCUCCUCUCCUUGAGCUUUCAGACACCCUCCUCCUCUCCUUGAGCAGAAGGACCGCAAAGCUGCGGCCUCUCGAGCAUCCUCCCUCCAUGCUGUGCAGAACGGCAGCCGGGUGGCGCCUCCAACUGAGACUAAUCCUUUGCGGCGGCCCCUUUCCCACUCCACGCCUCCUGCAAUCGCGAACUUCAUUUCCCAGUGUCUCUAGGAUUCCCAGGGUCCGUAGUCCAUGCACCCUGGGAGUGGUAGUUCAUGCGUGCCCUGGUCUCGCCAAGAACAAUGGGAGGAGUUGGGGGCGAGAACCACACCUCCCGGCAGCCCCGGAGAUGGUUUUCCUGGGUCCGGUUAGGACCCUAUAGUCCCAGCUCUCGCGGCCCCAGCUCUCGCGACCCCAGCUCCCGGCGGAAGGAGCGAGGCGCCCGAACUACAUUUCCCGAAGGUCCCUGCGCAUCACCCCUCUUUGGCCGCAACACGGGGUCUAUGCUCUUCAGGCGCGGUCUAAGGGUGACUGCCGACUGACCUCGGACUCCCGCUCCCGUGGUGCCCCGCGCGUGGCCGGCCCAGCCCCCGGCUCCCGCUAGCCCCGCUGCGGCGCUGGUUGCUGUCGUGAGCCGCAGCCGCCCCGCCCCACCUCUCCCUCCCCUCCCCCCCGGCCCUGCGCACGGGCCGCCCCUCCCCCCGCCUCCCCGGCCCCUCUCACGGUGCCAAGAUGGCGGCGGCGGCGGGCGGCGGCAGUUGCCCCGGGCCUGGCUCCGCGCGGGGCCGCUUCCCAGGCCGGCCGCGGGGCUCCGGCGGGGGCGGGGGCCGCGGCGGACGGGGCAGCGGGGCCGAGAGAGUGCGGGUAGCUCUGCGGCGCGGCGGCAGCGCGGCGGGGCCGGGCGGAGCCGAGCCCGGGGAGGACACGGCCCUGCUCCGUUUGCUGGGGCUCCGCCGGGGCCUGCGCCGGCUCCGCCGCCUGUGGGCCGGCCCGCGCAUUCAGCGGGGUCGGGGCAGGGGCAGGGGCCGGGGCUGGGGCCUGAGCCGAGGCUGCGUGCCCGAGGAGGAGAGCAGUGACGAGGAAUCCGACGAUGAGGAGUUUCAGGGUUUUCAUUCAGAGGAAGAUGUGGCCCCCAGUUCCCUGCGCUCUGCGCUCCGAUCCCAGCGAGGUCGAGCCCCCCGAGGUCGGGGCCGCAAGCAUAAGAUGACCCCCAUUCCGCCUCCUCGCCUAGCAGAUGUCGCUCCUACCCCCCCAAAGACUCCUGCCCGGAAACGGGGUGAGGAGGGCACAGAACGGAUGGUGCAGGCACUGACUGAGCUUCUCCGGCGGGCCCAGGCACCCCCAGCCCCACGGAGCCGGGCAUGUGAGCCCUCCACUCCACGUCGGUCUCGGGGACGGCCCCCAGGACGGCCAGCAGGCCCCUGCAGGAAGAAGCAACAAGCAGUAGUGGUGGCAGAAGCAGCUGUGACAAUCCCCAAACCUGAGCCCCCACCUCCUGUGGUUCCCGUAAAACAUCGAACUGGCAGCUGGAAGUGCAAGGAGGGGCCUGGCCCAGGACCUGGGACCCCCAAGCGUGGAGGACAGUCCGGGCGAGGAGGCCGUGGAGGUAGAGGCCGAGGCCGAGGCGGGCUCCCUCUUGUGAUCAAGUUUGUUUCAAAGGCCAAAAAAGUGAAGAUGGGACAGUUGUCCUUGGGACUUGAAUCAGGUCAGGGUCAAGAUCAACAUGAGGAAAGCUGGCAGGGUGCCCCCCAAGGAAGAGUUGGAUCUGGACAGGGAGAGGGCCCCUGCUGGAGAAAGGAGCAAAAGCUGGAGGAGGAGGGAGAGAAGGAGACAGAAAAAGAGAAGGACAAGGAAGAGCGAGAAGAGGAGGUAGAGAGAGCUGGACCUGAAGAAGGGAUGACGCUAGCAGAGGAAAAGGAAGAGGCAAAGCUGCCAUCCCCACCCUCAACUCCGCCAGCCCCUGCAGCCCCUCCACCCCCUCCACCUCCUCCACCAUCUCCACCUCCUCCACCCCUCCCACCCCCCUCCACUUCUCCUUCAUCCCCACUUUGCCCUCCACCACCCCCAGUGUCCCCUCUGCCCCCACCAUCACCUCCACCGCCUCCUGCCCCAGAGGAGCAGGAAGAAUCCCCUCCUCCUGUGGUCCCAGCUACAUGCUCCAGAAAGAGGGGCCGGCCUCCUCUGACUCCCAGCCAGCGGGCAGAGCGAGAAGCUGCUCGGGCAGUGCCGGAGGGUACCUCUCCUCCCACUCCAACCCCCAGCACCAUCACAGGAGGCCCUCUGGAAGACAGCCCCACUGUGGCCCCCAAAAGUACCACCUUCCUGAAGAAUAUCCGGCAGUUUAUUAUGCCUGUGGUGAGUGCCCGCUCCUCCCGAGUCAUCAAGACACCCCGGCGAUUUAUGGAUGAAGACCCCCCCAAACCCUUAAAGGUAGAAGUCUCACCUACUCUUCGGCCUCCUGUUGCCACCUCCCCACUCGCCCCCCCAGAACCAGCACCAGCUCCCUCUCCACCGCGUGCCCCAACUCCCCCGUCUACCCCGGUCCCACUCCCUGAGAAGAGACGGUCCAUUCUAAGGGAACCCACAUUUCGCUGGACCUCGCUGACCCGGGAACUGCCCCCUCCUCCUCCUGCCCCCCCACCGGCCCCGCCCCCACCUCCUGCCCCUGUCACUCCAUCCCGGAGGCCCCUGCUCCUUCGGGCACCCCAGUUUACCCCAAGCGAAGCCCACCUGAAGAUCUACGAAUCGGUGCUUACUACUCCUCUUGGGGCCCCUGAAGCCCCUGAGCCAGAGCCUCCUCCUGCUGAUGACUCUCCAGCUGAGCCUGAGCCACGGGCAGUGGGCCGCACCAACCACCUCAGCCUGCCUCGAUUUGCCCCCGUGGUCGCCACUCCUGUUAAGGCCGAGGUGCCCGUUCCUGGGGCUCCAGCUCUGAGCAACGGGCAGCAGUGUCAGGCUCAGCUGCAGCAGCCCCUGCAGGCCUUGCCAGCCCAGCUGCUGCUCCAGGCGUUAGCUCAGCCACCGCAGCUGCAGCCGCACUUGCACCUGCAGCCGCCGUCACCACUGGACAAGGCCCGUACCGCAGCCUCAGGCUCCUUACCGCUGUCUGGUGUGGAGGAGAAAAUGUUCAGCCUCCUCAAGAGAGCCAAGGUGCAGCUGUUCAAGAUCGAUCAGCAGCAGCAGCAGCAGAAGGUGGCGUCUUUGAUGCCGCCAAGCCCUGGAGGGCAGAUGGAGGAAGUCGUGGGGACUGUCAAGCAGAUCUCAGAUAGAGGUUCUGUCAGGUCUGAAGAUGAAUCGAUGGAAACUAAGAGAGAGAGACCGUCGGGCCCCGAGUCCCCUGUGCAAGGCCCCCGUAUCAAACAUGUCUGUCGUCAUGCUGCUGUGGCCCUAGGUCAGGCCCGGGCCAUGGUGCCCGAAGACGUCCCCCGCCUCAGUGCUCUCCCUCUCCGGGAUCGGCAGGACCUCGCCACGGAGGAUACAUCAUCGGCAUCUGAGACUGAGAGUGUCCCGUCACGGUCUCGGCGGGGAAAAGUGGAGUCAGCAGGGCCUGGGGGAGACUCAGAGCCUGCAGGGUCUGGAGGGACCCUGGCCCAUACACCUCGGCGCUCACUGCCCUCCCAUCAUGGCAAGAAGAUGCGGAUGGCACGGUGUGGACACUGUCGGGGCUGCCUGCGUGUGCAGGACUGUGGGUCCUGUGUCAACUGCCUGGACAAGCCCAAGUUUGGGGGCCCCAACACCAAGAAGCAGUGCUGUGUAUACCGGAAAUGCGACAAGAUAGAGGCUCGGAAGAUGGAACGGCUGGCUAAAAAAGGCCGGACGAUAGUGAAGACGCUGUUGCCCUGGGAUUCCGAUGAAUCUCCUGAGGCCUCCCCUGGUCCUCCAGGCCCACGCCGGGGGGCGGGAGCUGGGGGGCCCCGGGAGGAGGUGGUGGCCCCCCCAGGGCCCGAGGAGCAGGACUCCCUCCUACUGCAGCGCAAGUCAGCCCGGCGCUGCGUCAAACAGCGACCCUCCUAUGAUAUCUUCGAGGACUCGGAUGACUCAGAGCCCGGGGGUCCCCCUGCUCCCCGGCGUCGGACCCCCCGAGAGAAUGAGCUGCCAGUGCCAGAACCCGAGGAGCAGAGCCGGCCCCGCAAACCCACCCUGCAGCCUGUGUUGCAGCUCAAGGCCCGAAGGCGCCUGGACAAGGAUGCUUUGGCCCCUGGCCCCUUUGCUUCUUUUCCCAAUGGCUGGACUGGAAAACAGAAGUCCCCUGAUGGAGUGCACCGGGUCCGUGUGGAUUUUAAGGAGGAUUGCGACCUGGAGAACGUGUGGCUGAUGGGUGGCCUCAGCGUGCUCACCUCUGUGCCAGGGGGGCCGCCGAUGGUGUGCUUGCUGUGUGCCAGCAAAGGCCUGCAUGAGCUGGUGUUCUGCCAAGUCUGCUGUGACCCUUUCCAUCCAUUCUGUCUGGAGGAGGCCGAGCGGCCCCUGCCCCAACAUCAUGACACCUGGUGCUGCCGCCGCUGCAAAUUUUGCCAUGUCUGUGGGCGCAAAGGCCGGGGAUCCAAGCACCUCCUGGAGUGUGAACGCUGCCGCCAUGCUUAUCACCCAGCCUGCCUGGGGCCCAGCUACCCAACCCGGGCCACACGCAAACGGCGCCACUGGAUCUGCUCAGCCUGCGUGCGCUGUAAGAGCUGUGGGGCGACUCCAGGCAAGAAUUGGGACGUCGAGUGGUCCGGAGAUUACAGCCUCUGCCCCAGGUGCACCCAGCUCUAUGAGAAAGGAAACUUCUGCCCCAUCUGCACGCGCUGCUACGAAGACAACGACUACGAGAGCAAGAUGAUGCAGUGCGCACAGUGUGACCACUGGGUGCACGCCAAGUGCGAGGGGCUCUCAGAUGAAGACUAUGAGAUCCUUUCUGGGCUGCCAGACUCAGUGCUGUACACCUGCGGACCAUGUGCAGGGGCCACGCACCCCCGCUGGCGAGAGGCCCUGAGUGGGGCCCUGCAGGGGGGCCUGCGCCAGGUGCUCCAGGGCCUGCUGAGCUCCAAGGUGGCAGGCCCACUGCUGCUGUGCACUCAGUGUGGGCAGGCUGGAAAGCAGCUGCACCCAGGCCCUUGCGAUCUGCAAGCCGUGAGUCGGCGCUUCGAGGAAGGCCACUACAAGUCUGUGCUUUAUGGAGGACAUGGUGGGCAUCCUGAUGAAGCACUCAGAAGAAGGAGAGACCCCAGAGCGCCGGGCUGGAGGCCAGAUGAAGGGGCUCCUACUGAAGCUGCUAGAGUCUGCGUUCGGCUGGUUCGACGCCCACGACCCCAAGUACUGGCGACGGAGUACCCGGCUGCCAAAACGUGUCAGAUGCUGACCCUGCCUGUCCACAGCGGAGUUCUUCCCAAUGCCGUGUUGCCCCCAUCCUUGGACCAUGUCUACGCUCAGUGGAGACAGCAGGAACCAGAGACCCCAGAAUCAGGGCAGCCUCCAGGGGAUCCCUCAGCAGCUUUUCAGGGCAAGGAUCCAGCUGCUUUCUCACACCUGGAGGACCCUCGUCAGUGUGCGCUCUGCCUCAAAUAUGGGGAUGCGGAUUCUAAGGAGGCAGGACGGCUCCUAUACAUUGGGCAGAAUGAGUGGACACACGUCAACUGUGCCAUUUGGUCAGCUGAAGUGUUUGAGGAAAAUGAUGGCUCCCUCAAAAACGUGCAUGCUGCUGUGGCUCGAGGGAGGCAGAUGCGCUGUGAACUCUGCCUGAAGCCUGGAGCCACAGUGGGCUGCUGCCUUUCCUCCUGCCUCAGCAACUUCCACUUCAUGUGUGCCCGGGCCAGCUAUUGCAUCUUCCAGGAUGACAAGAAAGUUUUCUGCCAGAAACACACAGACCUGCUGGAUGGCAAGGAGAUUGUGACCCCCGAUGGGUUUGAUGUUCUCCGCCGAGUCUAUGUGGACUUUGAGGGCAUCAACUUUAAGCGAAAGUUCUUGACAGGGCUCGAACCUGAUGCCAUCAAUGUGCUCAUUGGCUCCAUCCGAAUUGACUCCUUGGGUACCCUGUCUGAUCUCUCGGACUGCGAGGGACGGCUCUUCCCCAUUGGCUACCAGUGCUCCCGUCUGUACUGGAGCACAGUGGAUGCUCGGCGGCGCUGCUGGUAUCGGUGUCGUAUUCUGGAGUAUCGGCCAUGGGGUCCGAGGGAAGAGCCAGUUCACCUGGAGGCAGCAGAGGAGAAUCAGACCAUUGUGCACAGCCCCGCCCCUUCCUCAGAGCCCCCAGAUCAUGUGGACCCCCCUCCAGAUGCAGAUGCCCUUAUCCCUGGAGCUCCUGAGCACCACUCACCUGUUCAGAACCUGGACCCCCCACUUCGGCCAGAUCCAAGCAGUGCCCCUCCUCCGGCUCCCCGCUCCUUCUCGGGGGCUCGAAUCAAAGUGCCCAACUACUCACCAUCCCGGAGGCCCUUGGGGGGUGUCUCCUUUGGACCCUUACCCUCCCCUGGAAGUCCAUCUUCUCUGACCCACCACAUCCCCACGGUGGGAGACCUGGACUUCCCAGCUCCCCCCAGACGUUCCCGUCGUCCCAGCCCCCUGGCCCCAAGGCUGCCGGCAUCACGGCGGGCCUCUCCCCCUCUCAGAACCUCCCCACAGCUCAGGGUGCCCCCUCCUACCUCAGUCAUUAGAGCCCUCACGCCUACCUCAGGGGAGCUGGCUCCCCCUGGUCCAGCCCCAUCUCCUCCACCACCCCCUGAAGACCUGGGCCCAGACUUUGAGGACAUGGAGGUGGUGUCAGGACUGAGUGCUGCUGACCUGGACUUUGCGGCCAGCCUGCUGGGGACUGAGCCCUUCCAGGAAGAGAUUGUGGCUGCGGGGGCAGUGGGGAGCGGCCACGGGGGCCCAGGGGACAGCUCAGAGGAAGAGGCCAGCCCUACCCCCCGCUAUGUCCACUUCCCUGUGACUGUGGUGUCUGGCCCUGCCCUGGCCCCUGGUCCCCUUCCUGGAGCCCCCCGCAUCGAACAGCUGGAUGGAGUGGAUGACGGCACGGACAGUGAGGCAGAGGCCGUCCAGCAGCCUCGGGGCCAGGGGACUCCUCCUUCAGGGCCAGGAGUGGGCCGGGCUGGGGUCAUCGGGGCUGCAGGGGACAGAACCCGACCUCCUGAGGACUUGCCGUCAGAAAUUGUGGAUUUUGUGUUGAAGAACCUAGGGGGGCCUGGGGAGGGAGGUGCUGGGCCCAGAGAGGAGCCACUCCCCCCAGCGCCUCCCCUGGCCAAUGGCAGCCAGCCUCCCCAGGGCCUGCCCCCUAGCCCAGCUGACCCCACUCGGACGUUUGCCUGGCUUCCUGGGGCCCCAGGGGUCCGGGUAUUGAGCCUGGGCCCUGCCCCUGAGCCUCCCAAACCCGCCACAUCCAAAAUCAUCCUUGUCAACAAGCUGGGGCAAGUGUUUGUGAAGAUGGCUGGGGAGGGUGAGCCCGUCUCACCCCCAGUGAAGCAGCCACCUCUGCCCCCUCCCAUCCCCCCCACAGCCCCUGCUUCCUGGACUCUGCCCCCGGGACCUCUGCUGGGUGUGUUGCCAGUGGUAGGGGUGGUCCGCCCCGCCCCACCACCCCCUCCUCCACUGACACUGGUGUUGAGCAGUGGGCCCCCCAGCCCGCCCCAUCAGGCCAUCCGCGUCAAGAGGGUGUCCACCUUCUCUGGCCGUUCCCCACCAGCGCCUCCCCCAAACAAGACCCCCCGGCUGGAGGAAGACAGAGAGUCCUUGGAGGAUGCUCCCCAGGGUCCAGGGCUUAGUGGCAGCGGGUUUAGCCGAGUGAGGAUGAAAACGCCCACAGUGCGUGGAGUUCUCGACUUGGAUGAGCCUGGGGAACCCACUGGGGAGGAAAGUCCGAGGCCCCUCCAGGACCGGUCCCCUCUGCUGCCACUCCCAGAAGGUGGUCCUCCCCGGGCCCCCGAUGGUCCCCCUGACCUGCUGCUUGAGUCCCAGUGGCACCACUACUCAGGUGAGGCUUCAAGCUCUGAGGAAGAGCCUCCCUCCCCAGAGGACAAAGAGAACCAGGCCCCCAAACGGGCUGGCCCGCAUCUGCGCUUUGAGAUCAGCAGUGAGGAUGGGUUCAGCGUGGAGGCGGAGAGCCUGGAGGGGGCCUGGAGAACUCUGAUUGAGAAGGUGCAGGAGGCCCGAGGGCACGCCCGGCUCCGGCAUCUCUCCUUCAGUGGAAUGAGCGGGGCGAGGCUCCUGGGCAUCCACCACGACGCUGUCAUCUUCCUGGCGGAGCAGCUGCCCGGGGCCCAGCGCUGCCAGCACUACAAGUUCCGCUACCACCAGCAGGGGGAGGGCCAGGAGGAGCCGCCGCUGAACCCGCACGGGGCGGCCCGCGCCGAGGUCUAUCUCCGGAAGUGCACCUUUGACAUGUUCAACUUCCUGGCCUCCCAGCACCGGGUGCUCCCUGAGGGAGCCACCUGUGACGAGGAAGAGGAUGAGGUGCAGCUCAGGUCAACCAGACGUGCCACCAGCCUGGAGCUGCCCAUGGCCAUGCGCUUUCGCCACCUCAAGAAGACAUCCAAAGAGGCUGUGGGUGUCUACAGAUCUGCCAUCCACGGGCGGGGCCUGUUCUGUAAGCGAAACAUCGAUGCUGGCGAGAUGGUCAUUGAGUAUUCCGGCAUCGUCAUUCGCUCCGUGCUGACUGACAAGCGGGAGAAGUUCUAUGAUGGGAAGGGUAUCGGGUGCUACAUGUUCCGUAUGGAUGACUUUGACGUGGUGGACGCCACGAUGCACGGCAACGCCGCGCGCUUCAUCAACCACUCGUGUGAGCCCAACUGCUUCUCUCGAGUCAUCCACGUGGAGGGCCAGAAGCACAUCGUCAUCUUCGCCCUGCGCCGCAUCCUGCGAGGCGAGGAGCUCACCUACGACUACAAGUUCCCCAUCGAGGAUGCCAGCAACAAGCUGCCCUGCAACUGCGGCGCCAAGCGCUGCCGUCGCUUCCUGAACUGAGGCCGCGGCGGCUCCCCCCACCCCCCGCUGCCGUCGUGCCCCGAGUCUGGGGGCUCCCGAGUCCCUCCCAGAGCAUCUCACCCCCACCCUCCUGUUGAGGGUGGAUGUGGGCCUGCAGGUGGCAGAGGCCCUGCCUCCACCCCUCCAGCCCACCCAGCAAUCGCCCCCUUCUUGCCCUGGGGGCCCAGGAUGUAGAUACUGUACAAAGGUUUCUAAAUCCCUUCUUUUCUAUGCACUUUUUUAUUUAAGAGGGUGGGUUCCCAGGUGGGAACCCCCCAUAAUAAAGUCUGUCAAUGUUUGGA